AUGAGUCUUCCACACCUUCCCCUAGACAUCAUCGUCAACAUACUACGAUCCCUUCCGAUAGAGCGAAGUUGUCACAGUCCAUCGGUCGCUACUCUGGUCAGUUGUUUGGCCACGAACCAGCUCUUUCGUGAAGCAGCGUCACUCUCAUCGCUGUGGGAGCCGCAUUACCGAGUUCGCUAUCGCCAUUCAGACGAAGAGAAGGAUCGGGAGAGAAAGUUGCGCUUCAGUGACGAUUGGAAAGAGCUCUACGCCACACGCGGACGUCUGGACAAGAAGGCCCUUGCCCUUUUGCGAGGUGUUAUCGAACGCCCACACUCGAGAAUGGAUGCCGUUCGGGAGGUCCUAUGCCUGGGAAUGGAUGUCUGGGACAUGUUUUCCUUCAUUUUGAAGGAAAUACGCACGGCCUGCGUAUUGGACAAGUCCAAUUCCCAGCACCUCGGUCCCUACCCUCUCUCCAAAAGAUAUUGGGCAGAUAUCCUUCUCACAGGCAUCACAAAACAGGACGCCCUUUCCGCCUGGUUAAGCAUGGCACAUUCACCAAAGCCCGAAGAAGCGAUGGGAUUCGAGCGCACCCUAUCGUAUUUCUCUUCCUUCUUUGGUAUUCCGAAAGAGGAUAUCAGCGAUAGGCUGGCAGAACUCGGCGAUGGCUGUAGGCAGGACCUUCUCCGCAAAGGAAGGGUGCUGGAUGCCGGAGACCCAAAUUACAAUCUCGAGGAAAUUUGCGUGGACAUCUGUACUUUCAUGAGAUGUCAAGGAUUUGUUCCUGCGAUGGAGGGCUCUUUUCACCAACUCCUUAACAAGUUUCCGCAUGCAUACUUGACCACCCAUAGGGCUACUAUCGCUAUGUCAUUAAUCCAUGUCUUUGUCUCACUAUGCAGACAGAUUGGGAUCCAAGCCUACCCCAUCAACUUCCCCGGUACCAUCAUCGCAUACGUUCCAACCGGCAGCGACUCUCCGCCCCUCAUCGUAAACCUUUGGACGGGCAAUGCAGAAAAUGCAGUCAUGAAUAAUCGCCCCGAAUGGCAAAGCGAUGCUGCAUUUCCAUUUCCUGUAUUCCCAGGUCCAAACGACGCAAUACUGCGACCGUGUACCAAUCCAGUCCCAAUGCUCAAGCGGUCAUCCUAUAACAUUCUAAACUCUAUCCAAGUCGACCCGACGAUCGAUUCCCAUGAUCGGCAGGCUGCAAUAAUGGCGGUUCUCUACGUGGGACUCGUGCUCACCGACGAUACUUUUGUGUAUCGAAAUCUGUCAAAUUUGCCCCUCGUCGAUUGCCUUAUUCUCUAUCGAAACCUGUUGCCCAAGCUGAAUGACGAACAUCAGGCUGCUUUCAAUGAACACUGUGUCAAGGCAAUACAGCAAGAGGAAAGCAAGAUCGCAGCGUUGGAUGCACCCAAGAGACGGGCCUCGUCAAGCAGGCCAAAGUACUUCGUCGGUAUGGCCAUGAACCACCUCAAAUACAAUUACAGAGGCGUGAUAUUUGGGUGGACACCUAAGUGUGAAGCACCAGAGGAAUGGAUCGAGAACAUGGACGUAGAUUCGCUUGCGGGAGGAAGAAGUCAACCGUUUUACCACGUAUUCUCCGUCAACGAGCUCAAUCCCCGAAGCCUUCUCAACACGUACUACGUUGCAGAGGAGAACAUCAAGCCACGUUCACUUGACGCGGAGCUGGGAGAGAUCUUACUGAACCAUAUUCCUGAUCUCCCUAGAUAUUUUGGCAAGGUGGAGUUUCCCCGUGGUAAAGAGGGAUUUGGACGCUUUGUUCCCUCCCCGGAAAUGAGUUUGGAGUAUCCCGAUGAAAUAGCAUAUGGACAGGAGUGGGCAAGGAAAUGGAAAGAGGAGAAUCGCCUCUCGGGUCAACUGGGAAGCUCAGAUGCUGUUUGA